AUGACACUCUGGGGAUUCACACCGGCCUACUACUACAUGGAGACAACUCGUAGCACCUGGAAUCAAAACUUGCAAACGAUCGAUGGCAUUGCCAGCACCAUCCCAAUGAUCUUCACUGGUGAAUCCAUCACGGAAUCGACUUUUGACUCUUCGAAAUUCCCGAAUCUACAAUCGAAUCGGCCGUUGGUUGUCUGGGACAAUUGGAUUGCCGAGGACACCAACACCAGAAUUCCAUGGGGAAUGAUUGACCAACGUAUCGCCAACAACAUGUUUGCCAGUCCCUACGGUUAUAUCCUGAACUUGUGUUAUCCGCUGGAGAGAGUCAUUCAUCAUAUCUACUGUCUCGGUAAGAUAGCAAAAGUUAGUUCCGUAGCACAACCCCAACCGAAAUGCGAUGUUACACAAACCGGUAGCUAUUGGUCGACAUGGCUCAACCAAAACGGAUUCCUUCACAACAAUCAAAAUGUUAAUACAGUCGCAACAGGUCUAACUGCUGCGAUCAACGAUGAUCAGUUCUACGAAAGUAUUGCACAAUUCGAAGCUGCAAAUCCAACACUACAAGGAAUAUUUAGUACACCACCAACUCCAACAACAACAACUACUACUAAUACUACAACAUCCACAACAUCAACAUCGCCAACAUCCACUUCGACAACAGGUAAAACAACAACCACCACAAACUCACCAACAACUACAACUACAAGUACACCAACAGCUACUACAGGAACAACAACAACAACCACAAACUCAACAACUACUACUACAGGUACAACAACAACAACAACAACUGCAUCUACAACUACAACCACUGAUUCAUCAACAACAUCAGAUGUUAACGAAUCAAACAAAAUGACAUACAACAUCCUCUUAAUUUUAACAUUCUUAAUUUUGUUGAUAAUCAACUAA